CGGAGUCCCACUACACAGCCCUGACACGACUAGAUCAUGCACGGACACCCCUUCUCUACUUUAAGCCUGUGGCUCUAAAACGAGACUCUAACCAACUUCCCAGUCUCUCCUCCAAUCCCACAUCGACAGAACAUCCCUUUGAAAACCACUCCUGUUUUCCAAACCACUCACAGCAAACCCCAUUUCUUCAUUUCCCCAAAUAAUAAUUAAAAAAUAAAUAUACACUCUCCUUUCCUAUUCCUUUCUUUUCCCAUAUAUACACCACUCCACACCUUUGCUUCAUACAAUAACAAGAAAACCUCACAAACACAAAAAUAGAAACUUUCCCAUAAUACCUUAUCAUAAUUCUUUUUUCAUUUCUAUGCUUCCUCUUCUUGCAAUGAACCUCCAAAUUUGGCUAUGUAGGGUUCCUUGAAUAUAUUUUCUUUUCUUUUCUUUUCUUUUCUUUUCUUUGUUGCUUAAUUUUGCUUUAAUUCAAGAAACGAGUGAGAAAUGGGGAGAGGUAGGGUUCAGCUCAAGCGGAUCGAGAACAAGAUUAGCAGGCAAGUGACUUUUUCGAAGAGAAGGACUGGUCUCCUAAAGAAAGCUCAUGAGAUCUCAGUUCUUUGUGAUGCUGAAGUUGCUUUGAUUGUUUUCUCAACCAAAGGGAAGCUCUUUGAGUACUCUACUGAUUCAAGCAUGGAAAGGAUCCUGGAAAGAUAUGAAAGAUGCUCAUUUACAGAACGACAAGUUGCUAAUGACUCUGAACAGCAGGGAAAUUGGUCUUUGGAAUGCCCUAAGCUCAUGACUAGGAUUGAGAUCUUGGAAAGAAGCCUAAGGAACCUUGCAGGAGAAGAUUUGGAUCCCAUGAGUCUAAGAGAACUCCAACACCUGGAGCAACAGAUUGAUAAUGGUCUUAAGCGCGUUCGCGCAAGAAAGAAUCAACUCUACAAUCAAUCCAUUUCAGAGCUGCAGAAGAAGGAAAGAGCAUUGCAUGAGCAAAACAACAUGUUGAGCAAAAAGGUCAAGGAAAAUGAGAAGACAAUGGCUGAGCAAGCAAACUGGGAGCAACAAAAUCUUGGCCAGAAUCAAACCUCCUUCAUGCCACCGCCUCCACCACCACCAAUGCAAUCACUUCCAUCUCUAACUAUUGGUAUUCGGCUAGGGCUAACAUUAAUUUUCUUGAUGAUGUGCUACACUGCCAGUGGCACUCUCCAGACUAGAGAAUUCAUGAACGAAGAUGAGGAGGCUAUAGCUCAGAUUCAGCCCAAUACAAUUCAGAUACCACCUUGGAUGCUUCGUCAUGUCAAUGAAUAGAAAGUUAAUAUAAAGACCUGAGAAAGUAUGAUUAAGUAUUUAAAUGGAAUACUGUAUCACUUCAUUUUGCUGCCAUUGAUGUAGUAAGAAAAACUGUGGAGAUGAACUAGAAUAAUGUAGUUAAUAUGUGAACUAUAUAUUUCAAGUCUA